UGGCCCGCCAAGUUCGUGCUGACGCCUUCGUUGAAGCCUAAUAAAAGAAGAAUGGAAUUUUCAUCUUUGGGUGCGCUUUUCUCAUGCUCGUGUUAGUCAGAUUGGAUACUAUACGAGUAAAAAGUUAUCGUAUACCCUGUACCUGCUAUUUUCAGAGCCAGCGAUGGGAAAAGGGGGGCCAUCCCACACUCUACUGCUCGGCGUUCUUUUUAUAUCUACUCGUACUAUUCUCGCCAGAUCUCCCUAAAAAAAGACCCGAUGACAGAUGGGAUUCAGACAGAUUUUGUCGGGACACGAGGCUCUGUCAUGCAUCGGAUGCACCCAACCGUCCUUUGCAAGUGCCACACUAUCACCGGCCAGCAAACAAGCCGUGGGCGACACAGGCAUUUGCUGACCCAGCAUUGCCCGCUGGUCCAACAGGAGAGAUGUUAGCGCCAGUGAGACGACAGACAUUUUCCGAGCAUUUUUGGCAAUCCAUUUGAUCCAUUC